CAGAUACACCCACCCAGGCGCCGCGGCCAUUUCGGGGCAGCCCCGCCUUCACCUGCGCCAGGUGAGCGCCAUGUUCCGGGGCUGAGCCCGGCCGGGAUGCGGCGCCGAGGGGCGGCGGGGGCCGGCGGCCGCCUCCUCCUCUUCCUCCUCCCGCGAGGGGCUCUACUGCUGCUCGGUGUCUGCAAUGUUCUUUCCCUGGAAAUUAAAGCCAGUCCUAAAGUCCGAGCUUUUGUGGGUGAGCAAGCGCUGCUGAAAUGCUCCUUCAAAUCCAGCUCCCCCAUCACGGAAAACCUGCUGGUGGACUGGACCUACCGUCCCCUCACUGGGGGCCAGAUGGAGAGAAUUUUUCAUUAUCAGUCCAUCCCAUACCCCACAGCAUCGGGGAAGUUCAAAGGCAGGAUAUUCUGGGCUGGGAAUGUUGCUAAUGGUGAUGCUUCCAUCGCUAUCCAAAGUCCAGCGCUCAGUGACAACGGCACUUUCAUCUGCAGCGUGAAGAACCCUCCAGAUGUUUUCCACAACCUUCCCCAGACAGUGCUGGAGGUUACAGAGCGGGGCCUGGCCUUCCAGCUGAGCUCAGCAUCCCUGCUGUCCAUCCUGGUGUUCCUCCCUUCUGUCCUCGUGGUCAUUCUGCUGCUGGUGAGGAUGGGGAGGAAAUUCCGGGAGCUGAAGGAGAAAGGAAAAUGUGGCUACAAGAAAUCCUCCAUUGAAGUGUCUGAUGAGCCUGAGCACACAGACACAGCUGGCUGCAGGGGGAAAAUCAAGGAGUGGUGCCUGAACUGUGUGGACACAGAUGAGGAAGAUCCAUACUGAUGGAAGACUGAAGCUGUGGAAAAAACACUAAAAUUACCAAAAAAAGUCAUGGUUAGAUCCUUCAAGAGGCUGCUGGGUAACCAGUGCAGAUUGAAGGAUGUGCCCUGCUCUCGGUGGAUUGGAAGAAUAAUGCUGAUGGGAAAACUCACUUCUAUUUAAGCACAAAAUAAUGGUUUUCUAAAAAUCGUUCUAAUUUAUUGAGGAAAAGAAAAUCUCUUGCCCUGAGAUCUGCAAAGCCUCAGUGCCUACAAUGCCAGCGUGCCUUGGUUUUCCUACAGAUUGGUUUGGGUUAUUGGUUUGAUUUUUUUUUUUUUUUUUUUUUUUUUUUUUGGUGUGACAUCCCUCUUUUCCUGAGCCCUGGAAAUCCAACUUUUUUUGAAGGAAAGGCUGCACCAGCUCUCUGAGCUGGUCACGUCUGGGCACUGACAAGUUUUUCUCAGGUUUUUUGGAACAUACUGACUCACACCAGUUUGAUGAAGUGAUAUCUGGCAUCCUCUGUCUUGGAGUGAAGAGAACCUACUGCUUUUGAAGUAUUUUUAAAAUUCAGCUGCACCACUGGGUACCUCUCCUUCUGCUUGUAGAAGUGAAGCACAAUUCAUAGAAAACAACUUUUUUUUCUCUUUUUUAAAAUCAGAAAUGCAAAUGGGGACUCUGUUUCUGGGGACACACAACCCCAUCUACCUCAGCCAUGGACUCAAGCACUGCCCAAAGGAAUGUUCUGUUUGCAGUAGUUGUUUUCUUCCUCCCUUCUUCUGGACUCAUUUUAGGGAAAUGGUUAAUUGUGCAGCAUUACUUCCCCUCGAUGAAGUGCAUUUCCUCUUUCACCAGCCUUAUCCAACAAUGAAUAGCAGUGGAAUUAAUCCACUCAAUCCCUAAAAAGCUGCUUUCUUCCUGUAUC